CGCGGGCCGCUGAGAGGCCUGGGAGGCUGAGGUCGGGCGCGGCGGAGCGCAGGUGCCUCCGCGGGGUUUGGCACGAGGCAGGGCCGGAGGUGCGCGCUCCUGCCCGCGGGGUUUGGGGACUCCACGAAGGCUGACAGGUGCUGGUGCCUGUUCUGGACUCUACACUGGGCAGUGUUGGUGACUAAGCAGGCCGAAGUCCAGGUGGAGCCAGGACAGCUCCACCCCCCACCUUGAGAACCCGGUUCCCUUCCCUGCUGCGGAGAGAAGCAGCUACCAGGCUCAGGCACCCCAGCCCAGGCUGGUCUGGAAUUCGAAGCACUCCCCCUGUCUCAGCCUCCCAUGUGGUUGGAGUAAGCCAGCACUGAGCAGCCAUGCCCAGCUGAGAGAGACAAUCUGUAUAUGCACUGCCUAGUAUAAACAGAAUGGCCAAAUGUAAGGUCAAAGUUCACAACAGCUACAUGAGAGACGUAAAAAGGAAUGCGCCAUGCCAAUCGUUGAUAAGCUGAAGGAGGCGCUCAAGCCUGGCCGCAAGGACUCGGCAGAGGAUGGGGACCUGGGCAAGCUGCUGGCCGCCUCUGCCAAGAAGGUCCUUUUGCAGAGGAUUGAGUUCGAACCAGCCAGCAAGAGCUUCUCUUACCAGUUGGAGUCCUUGAAGAGCAAAUAUGUGCUGCUGAAUGCGAGGGCUGAGGAAGCUGGCCGCCACAGGAAUGGAGAUGAGCCCCAGGCCAGGAGAGCAGGCACUGAGCGCGUGUCUGGAGGUGAUGGAGUCCCUGCCCCACAGAAGGUGCUCUUCCCCGUGGAACGGCUCUCCCUAAGGUGGGAGCGUGUUUUCCGUGUUGGCGCAGGGCUGCACAACCUGGGUAACACCUGCUUCCUGAACUCCACCAUUCAGUGCUUGACCUACACACCGCCUCUGGCCAACUACUUGCUCUCCAAGGAGCAUGCGCGGAGCUGUCACCAAGGAAGCUUCUGCAUGCUGUGUGUCAUGCAGAACCACAUGGUCCAGGCCUUUGCCAACAGCGGCAACGCCAUCAAGCCUGUCUCCUUCAUCAGAGACCUGAAAAAGAUUGCCCGGCACUUCCGAUUUGGGAACCAAGAGGAUGCACAUGAAUUCCUGCGGUACACCAUCGACGCGAUGCAGAAGGCCUGCCUGAAUGGCUAUGCUAAGUUGGAUCGGCAGACUCAGGCUACUACCCUGGUGCAUCAGAUCUUUGGUGGCCAUCUCAGAUCCCGAGUGAAGUGCUCUGUGUGCAAGAGUGUCUCAGACACAUAUGAUCCCUACCUGGACAUAGCGCUGGAGAUUCGGCAAGCUGCAAAUAUCGUGCGUGCUCUGGAACUUUUUGUGAAGCCAGAUGUCCUGAGCGGAGAGAAUGCUUAUAUGUGUGCUAAGUGUAAGAAGAAGGUUCCAGCAAGCAAGCGCUUCACCAUCCAUAGAACGUCCAACGUCCUAACUCUGUCCCUCAAACGCUUUGCCAACUUCAGUGGGGGGAAGAUCACCAAGGAUGUCGGCUAUCCCGAGUUCCUGAACAUGCGUCCCUACAUGUCGCAGAGCAGUGGUGACCCUGUCAUGUAUGGGCUCUAUGCUGUCCUGGUGCACUCAGGCUACAGCUGCCAUGCUGGACACUACUACUGCUAUGUGAAGGCCAGCAAUGGACAGUGGUACCAGAUGAAUGACUCCUUGGUCCAUUCCAGCAACGUCAAGGUGGUUCUGAACCAGCAGGCCUACGUGCUCUUCUAUCUGAGGAUUCCAGGCUCUAAGAAAAGUCCUGAGGGCCCUGUCUCCAGGGUGGGCUCCACUCUUCCUAGCCGUCCCCAUGUCAUCCCAGAUCACCCCAAGAAGAGCCCUGGCAAUGGGAUCGUUUCCUCCCCGCUGAUGGCAAAGCGACAGGACUCUGUGAUGAUGAAGAAGCUGCAGGCCCCUGAGGAGGUGGGAGUGCCUGUGUCCAGGAAUGGCUCUGUUCCUGGUCUCAAGUUACAGAACGGAUGUGUUCCUGCAAAGACACCUGCCGGGUCCCCUUCCCCGAGACUCACCCCAACACCCACACACACGCCCACCAUUCUGGACGAGCCUGGAAAGAAGGUGAAGAAGUCAGCCCCACAGCAGUCCCUGAGCGCAUCCCCGACCACUUCUCAGGGCUCUCCUGGGACCAGCGAAUCCAAGAGCCAGCGGCCUGGUUCCUGGGCAAGCAGGGACACCAUCUUCUCUACCUCACCAAAGCUCCUGGCCAAAGCCAUUACUAAUGGGCACAGGCUGAAGGGGGAAGGCAAUGGUGUGGACCUGGAGAAGGCAGCCUCAAGCAGCUCGAGCCCCGAGCACUCUGCCAGCAGUGACCCUGCCAAGACCCCACAGACCCCAGAGGGCAGAGCUGUGCAUUUCUGUGACUCUCAGGGAACAAACUGUCCCACCCCUGGCCAUUCCAAAGCGCUGUUGAAUGGGGUAGAUCCCAAGAUGGUGAAGCUGAAGUCGCCUGCCCUGAGCAGCACCACCGAGCCCACAAGCCUCAUGUCUCCUCCACCAGCCAAAAAGCUGGCCCUGUCGGCCAAGAAGGCCAGCACCCUACGGAGGGCGACCGGCAAUGACAUCCGUUCACCUCCCCCCUCAGCACUCUCCGACCUCACCUACCCCAUGAAAGCCACCCACCCCGUCGUUGCCUCCACUGGGCCUGUCAGUAAAACCAGGGCUGUUGCACCUGCCCCCGAACCAUCUGUCCUCCUGAAGCAUCCUGUCCGCCCCCACUCUGCAUCACUGUCCAGUAGUAGCGCCAAGCCCUUAGGGACAUCCGAGCCACAGAGCGGCUGCUCCUCUGCCUGGACCCCCCUGCCUCAGGUCAAUGGACACUUCAUGCCCCAGUUACACCAGCUGCCAGAGGCCAGCCAGGCCCUGCACAGCCCCUGCAAAAAGAGGAAAAAGACCCCCGAUGGAGAUCCCCAGAGACUGAGCACAGACACGCACCUCCCACAGUGCCCCAGGGGAGCCCCUACAGCAGCACGCAGGAAGAGAAGAAAGAAGAAGUGCCUGGAGGACGUGGCUGCCACAGCUCCCCAGCAGAAAGGUCAGCCGCAGGACCAGCCUGGGAGUGCCAGGGGCCGGAAGGAAGAGGGCACACAGCCCCAGGUAAAUGGCCAUCAACUGAGUCACAUCCUGGACAGUCACCAUGUGAGCAGCAGGAAGAGGAGGAAGAGGAAGAGAUCAGAAGGACUCAGCCAGGAAGCCACCCUGUCCCAGGCUCUACUACAGCAUGGCUGCUCUCCUGCAGACCACUGUGAGCCCGAGGCCAGGACAGAGUUGCAGAGAAAGAAGAAAAGAAAAAGAAAGCACGAGGCACCACAGGAGGAAGAAGAAAAUGAGCACCCAGAAAGCCAUUGGAGUCUGAAGCCCAGUGUCAACCCAGUCCCUGAACUGAGCAUGAAUGGCCAUCCUUCUGGUGACCGCCUGGGGCUGGUGCAAGCGCCUCUCGUCGCCUGGAACAGAGAUAAAGAACCCGAUGUGGUCCAGGAGUUGCUCCGGGACUCAUGUGAUAAAGCUUAUGGGAAAAAAGUUUUGACCUGGGAAGGCGAGCCUUCAGCCGUCAGUCAGGACGCCAUCAAAGACAGCAGACUGGCCAGGAUGCACACCGUGGUGGACGACUGGGAUGAAGAGUUUGAUCGAGGGAAGGAGAAGAAAAUUAAGAAGUUCAAGAGAGAAAAGAAGAGAAACCUCAAUGCCUUCCAGAAGCUUCAGAGUCGACGGAACUUUUGGUCUGUGACUCAUCCUGCUAAGGUCACCAGCCUCAGCUAUCGUCGCUGAGCUUGAUGAGGUUGUUAGAGUCUCACCAGGAAGACCAGUGUGCCUGUGCCACAGCAUCCCAGAGCUGUCCACUUGGAUCUGAGGCGUGACCUUGUACAGACUCCUGCCCUGUGAGCCUGCCAUGUGGAGGCUCCUGGUCCCCCUGUUUACAGAUAGCCAGCGCAGCAGCCCUGGCGCUUCAGCUCAGGGCAUCUGGUGGUUUCGUAACGAACCUCACAAGAGAAAGCCUGACCUGCGGAGACAUCCUCCGGUAGACCCUGGGGUCCAGGCAGGAAGACCACCUGUUCUGGUCUGGGUCUGUCAGAGACAAGGGACCGAGGCCAGCAUCUCCGAGCACGUCCUUCACUCAGAAUGGUGGCAUGGUGGUGGUGUCUCUUCUGGAGACCUCCUCUGCUCUCCGAAGCUGGAGCUAUCCUGUGGCUCUCCCCUCAGAGGGGCCUCUGUGUGACUGACUGUCAGCCGCAACAAGGAGUAACCCUGGUGACUGCACUGCCCCCACCUCCAACCCCGAGUGCUUCUCCUCCUAGAAAGCAGCAGCUGCUGGGGCUGGGGGAGCCAUGAAAUGUGUGCCAGCCCCUCUGCCUCUAGGGCUGCCAUCCCUGCCUGGGAGACUUUUCUGAGCUUCUACAUUUGCCAUAACCUGUGGGUCUCUGUCAAGGUGGUGGUCUCUGGAGACGAAUCCUCCAUUAUUUUACUACUUAUGAUAAAGCGUUUAUUUUUGACCAGGCCUGUGGCUACCAGUAGCCAUAUGUUCACCUGAUAUGCAAAUACUGGCUGCAUUUGCUCAUUUUUGUGAGUGCUUUGAAAUCGAUAAUGAUUGCCUUCCCUGUCUUGCUCAAGCUGUCCCUGCGACUUAGGGUUUAAUAAAUAAGACUUCUCUGUGAGGGCAGUAUUUCAGUAUUCUCAGUGAGGGAAGACGGCACCCAGGAGGUGGAAGGUGCCGGAAGGUUCUUGGUUCCUAGUAGGCUGUUUGGGGAUGCCCUCUCAGUCUGGGCCCCUGGGGAGGGGUGGGGGCUGCCUUGUCAGUUCCAUGUGUAGCAUUUUGCUCAAUUGCCAGCUCAGGGCCUCACUUGCUGCAGAUGUGGAAAAAAAGUUGUUGCCUCCUUGGCACGGAGGUAAGGUCAUGUUUCUAUGUGGAUGUUUCCUUCCUGUUUGUUUCUUUCCCUUUAGAAAUAAAGGGAGGAACAGCAGUUCCAUGGUGGGCCUGCUGGGUGAGUCUUCCAGCUGAAUGUGCUCUGUCUCUGUGUGGGUGGGGGAUCUCAUGUCCAGGAGCACUGUGGGCUCCAUGUAUUGUCUUGCAGGGAGUCAGGCCCCUUCAUGGGCAGGGAUUGUCAUUUCUCUUGAGGUGUGUCAUUGCUUCCUAUAGCAGCUGCUUCUGGGGCAGUAGAUGUCUUCCUUUUCCUGUGACGUUCUCUAGUUGAAAGGUGUAGCUCUGUCAGUACAGAACUGACCUGUCUCCGCGUUUCCUCUAGAUGGGUUCCUUCUUUUGUCUGCUAGAUUAUACAUUGUGAAGUCUCUUCCAGGGGAGUGACCCGCUGCCUCUUGGGCAGUCCCAGCGCCCGCCUGCCAUCCUGAUCUGGCAGCGAGUUGCUGUCAGUGAGGACAAGUCCUUUCCUUAGACGCAGUUAGAAGCAGGCCUGGGGCAUAGUGCGUUCUUGGUGAGGUAAUAACUAAAGCUUUUCUGAAAGUGGUCACUUUGUUGGAUCAGAUCAAAUCAGUUUGCACUUGGCAGGAGAGGUGGUUUAGGCCCACUUGCAGAGGGCCAGCUCCCUGGUGCCUCUGUUCUCGCUCACCUGCCUGUUGUUAGGGGCUGUUACAUCCUACAUUCUUGUGUGGCUGCAUCUGUAUGUGUAGGGGAUCCCCAUUCUCUUCCACUUCCUCUUCAGGGCCCCCAGAUAUUGCCAAGAUUUUGGUGCAAUAAAGUAAUGCAAUUUUUUGAGAGUC